AGCCCAUUAAAUAACUCUAUAAAUAACCCUAAAGUUAGUACCUCUUUCACAUCAAUUUCAAUCUUGUGUUGUGUCCUCUCGCAUCCAUUAGCCACGAAACAACAACUCUUCGCGUCUCUCUCUCUCUCGCUCGAAUCUACUAAUUUGUUUAAUUACUCUUUGUCUAUUAAUUCAUUCUCUGCAGGAUCUUCUAAUCUGUUUCGUAUUAUCGUAUGUAUAUAGAUCGCUAUCGUCUUUUUGUUUUCGUUUUUCUCUGUGUUUUUGUAUAAUGGAUUCAGGUAUUAACACUUCUUCACACUUCAAACCUCAAGCUCGAUGUCCACUUCAACGAAACUUCCUCCCCAAGAAAACUUCCAAAGAAAACCCUGAGAGAUUUAUACCAAACAGAUCAGCCAUGGAUUUCGACUAUGCUCACUUCCAGCUUACCGAAGGAAGAAACGUGAAAGACGAGGCAACAAAGGUAAGUUCAUCACCAUCAAGAGAAGCUUACAGGAAGCAAUUAGCUGAGACAAUGAAUCUGAAUCGGACUCGGAUUCUCGCCUUCAGGAACAAACCUCAAACCCCGGUCCAGUUACUUCCCAGAGAACACUCUGUUUAUUCUCUUUACCAACAACCUAAAUCCGUAAAGCCGCGAAGAUACAUCCCUCAGAAUUGCGAGAGAGCGUUGGAUGCACCUGAUAUUGUGGAUGACUUUUACCUUAACUUGCUUGAUUGGGGCAGUGCUAAUGUUGUAGCCAUUGCAUUGGGCCGUUCUGUCUAUCUGUGGGAUGCUUCUAGUGGUUCUGUUUCUGAGCUCGUGACUGUUGAUGAAGAUAUGGGACCUGUUACAAGUAUUAACUGGGCGCAAGAUGGUCUUAAUCUUGCGGUUGGGCUUGAUAACUCUGAAGUACAGCUUUGGGAUUCUGUAGCUAGUCGUAAAGUGAGAACGUUGAAGGAUGGUCAUCAGUCAAGAGUAGGAUCAUUGGCGUGGAACAGUCAUAUCUUAACAACGGGAGGUAUGGAUGGGAAGAUCAUAGACAACGAUGUACGGGUCAGAUCACACGUUGUGAAAACUUACAGGGGUCAUACUCUAGAGGUUUGUGGUUUGAAGUGGUCAGAAUCUGGACAGCAUUUAGCAAGUGGUGGCAAUGAAAAUGUUGUUAACGUAUGGGACUGUUCUACUGGGCGGUCUUUGCAUAGGUUUCAGGAACACACAUCUGCGGUUAAAGCUCUGGCUUGGUGCCCUUUUCAAUCAGGUUUACUUGCAACUGGUGGUGGUGGAGAAGAUAGGACGAUAAAGUUCUGGAAUACUCGAACAGGAGCUUGCUUGAAUUCGGUAGACACUGGCUCACAAGUUUGUUCUUUGAUAUGGAGCAACAAGGAAAGAGAGUUGCUUAGCUCACAUGGGUUUACUCAGAACCAGCUUACACUUUGGAAGUACCCAUCCAUGGUGAAAAUGGCUGAGCUCAAUGGUCAUACAUCACGCGUUCUAUAUAUGUCACAGAGUCCGGAUGGUUGUACUGUAGCUUCAGCAGCAGGAGACGAGACUCUGAGGCUUUGGAAUGUUUUUGGAAUACCAGAGGAUGCUAAAAAAGCUGCUCCAAAAGCAGUUCCCCAACCAUUUUCUAAUGUAAAUCGUAUUCGUUGAAACUGUUGUGAAGCCAUUUUAUGUGCUAUUUUUCUAGGAUUCAUUCUUCAUCAACUGUAUUGAUUAUCCAAGUGCAUAUUGAUUGUAUUUAUCUAAUAUAUAAUUUUUUGUUUUUUACA